CGGGAAGGGAAGGGAGGAGGAGAGGGAAGGCGCGGGCAGGGCGGCUCUCCCGUCCCCGCCGCAAGGUAAGCCCAGCUUUCCCGGCGGAGAGAGGCUCCCGGAGCGCCGCGUCCCCUUUCCCGACCCGCCGAGCGGCUUUGCCCAGCCCCGCAGCGCGGCCGGUAGCUGUGCGGUGCCGAAGCCCCGCUCCCCGUAGGCGCAGGAGGAAUCCGAGCUGCUGCGGCGGCUGGGCGCUGCGCGGCUCCGGCACUUGGCCAUGGGCUGGCAGCAGCCGGACAGCAGCGGGAGCCGACGCGGGGCUCGCAGCUAAAGGGGUGAGGAAGAGGGACCAUGGCAGCGUCCAGCAACUCCAGUCUGUCCGGCUCGUCGGUUUCCUCCGAUGCUGAAGAAUAUCAGCCUCCAAUAUGGAAAUCGUACUUGUAUCAGUUACAACAGGAGGCACCACGUCCCAAGAGAAUCAUCUGUCCUCGGGAGGUGGAGAACAGACCAAAGUAUUAUGGAAGAGAGUUCCAUGGGAUCAUUUCUCGGGAGCAAGCAGAUGAGAUACUUGCUGGUGUAGAAGGAGCAUACAUUCUAAGAGAAAGCCAGAGGCAACCCGGCUGCUACACACUUGCUCUCAGAUUUGGCAAUCAGACCUUAAACUACAGGUUGUUCUAUGAUGGGAAGCACUUCGUUGGGGAGAAAAGAUUUGAAUCAAUCCAUGAUCUAGUAACAGAUGGCUUGAUAACGUUGUAUAUAGAAACAAAGGCUUCCGAGUAUAUUUCCAAAAUGACGACAAAUCCCAUCUACGAACACAUUGGAUACGCCACUUUGCUUAGAGAGAAGGUCUCCCGGAGGCUGAGCAGAACAAAAAAUGAAUCAAGAAAAGCAAGUGUAACAAGUGAAGAAAAUACCCCCGUUGAGAAGAUCACCUCCUUGGUCCGGAGAGCAGCCUUAACUCAAAACGACAACCAUUUCAACUAUGAAAAAGCACACAAUUUUAAGGUCCACACGUUUCGAGGUCCACACUGGUGUGAAUACUGUGCCAACUUCAUGUGGGGUCUCAUCGCUCAGGGAGUGAGGUGUUCAGACUGUGGGUUGAACGUACACAAACAGUGCUCCAAGUACGUGCCCAACGACUGUCAGCCCGACCUCAAGAGGAUAAAACGUGUCUACUGCUGUGAUCUGACCACACUGGUAAAAGCCCACAACACCCAGAGGCCAAUGGUGGUGGAUUCCUGCAUCCGAGAGAUUGAAGCAAGAGGUUUGAAGUCUGAGGGCCUCUACAGAGUCUCAGGCUUCACUGAGCACAUUGAAGAUGUGAAAAUGGCCUUUGAUCGAGAUGGUGACAAGGCUGAUAUUUCUGCCAGUAUUUAUCCAGACAUAAACAUUAUUGCUGGAGCACUGAAGCUGUAUUUCAGAGACUUACCAAUUCCUGUGAUCACCUAUGAUACCUAUUCCAAGUUCAUAGAGGCAGCAAAAAUCUCCAAUCCUGAUGAACGGCUAGAAGCAAUACAUGAAGUGUUGAUGUUACUCCCUGCUGCUCACUAUGAGACACUUAGAUACCUAAUGAUUCAUCUCAAAAAGGUUACUUUGCAUGAAAAGGAGAAUUUCAUGAAUGCUGAAAACCUGGGAAUAGUGUUUGGGCCUACCUUAAUGAGACCUCCAGAGGACAGUACCUUGGCUACUCUGAAUGACAUGCGGUACCAGAAGCUAAUUGUGCAGAUUUUAAUAGAAAAUGAAGACGUUCUCUUUUAGACAAACGUGGGCGCAUCGUCAAAACAACUUGUUUUCAAAUAAUUAGUUUGAAGGGAAAACAACGUUUCUUUAAGGUAAAAAAAAGAAAUAAGUAAAUAUAGGAAAAGCUCCUUGGCUGCACUUCAAUUUCUGCAAAAGCUGCAGAUGGAUGCCAAAAUGUUUAGGGAAAGCCUCUUUGUAGAAGGGGGUAAAAAAGGUCAGAAAAAAUCCUCUCACCUUGUGUCUUUUGCCUUGCCUCGGGUGUAUAUUUGUUUUGAGAAGCUGCAAGCAAUUUUAUUGUUAACUUAUUAAGAAACACAAAACGUAUUUUAAUAUGGCUAGAGAAGCAAAAAGGUACUUAAUCAGCAUUAUUUGUAUACAGCUAUACAUUUCCCUCUCCAUAAGACAUAAUUAUAUAUGUCAAUUGUGAAACAAAACCUAUAUUAUAAAGAUAUUUUUACUUUACCUAGCUGAAAGAAUGGCAUUUUAUUUUAGCAAACUACAAAUCAAUGCGGUGCAUUGAUUGUUUUCCACAUAAUUCUUUCCUGCAUUUUUGCUAUGAUAUAUUGAAAACAAUUACCACCAAUGCAGUAUUAUCCUGACAUACCUCUUUCAUGGCAAAUGUUUUAAAGGAGAAUCUUUUUCUUGUGUGUAUUCCAACUUUCCUUAGGUUCCUUUGCAUUUAGGCACUAGCGUUCCGAGAUCGCGUAGUACACUUCUAACCAUUUUCUAUUUCCCAAAACAUACAUACAUUUUUUCACUUGUCUUUUUUUCUUUACUCCCAUAUAAAACAUGAUAUUGAGAAUUUUCAUAAGUCCUGGUGCUAGGACCAGUUUCACAUGCCAGAUAUAGAUAUAUUUUUAAUUAUUAUUUCAUUAAUAUGUAAGUUAAGUGAUGCUGGGACACUGGAUAUUUUCUGGCCUUGUUGAAAAGUUAGCACUUUUUUUGCGUUCAAUAUGAAGGAUUUGGUUUGUUCUGUAAAAAUCAAGCUGAGUUUUGUCACAUUUCUGUAUUUAUAAAUGUACAGUAAAUCCGCUGAAAAUGUUGGUUAUUUCUCUUGACUGUGUUCCAGAUGGUUUUGUUGUUCGUUUGUUUUGUGGGUUUGUUAUUUUUUUAAGGACAAAAAAAAAAAAAAAAACCACAAGAAUAUGGAAACGUGGAAGUUGGUAAUUUUCAUUAUUACCAAGUUUUAAUAUUUUUCUCCCCUCACAAACAUUGACUACAGAGUUCAUAGUCUAACUGCAACUUAUCCCUAAUGUUAAAACUGUUUCUCGGCAUGAGAUGUUUCUGCAAGUAUAGGAAAUCAGCAUACGUUACUACCAAACUCAAUUCUCAAUAUACAAAAGAAAAGAUAAUAAUCCCUCAUCUUGAUUGUUUGUAUGAUAUGGUGGGUAACUCAGUUUCCUGAAUUAUUUCAGGGAGCACAUGUUUCUAUUCAAAUUGAAAAAAACAUAUGUGUAACUAUGAUAAUGAAGGGAAGUGGAGGGUAUUACUGUAAAUUUGUUGUCUUCUAGAGAAAUAACUAAGGGCUAGAUAGAUUAACCCAGAUUGCAGAGCAAAUGCUAAAUAGUCUGAGUUCCCAAUACUUCUAUAGAUCCUCCUGACUUGUACAGGACUAUUUGUUGUAGGUUAUGUACUACUUAAUACUGUCAUAAAAAUGAUCUGGAAAUGGUUUUAUUUUGUGAAGUGAAAUAUGCUUUGUAAUUUAUGAUAGUGUAAAUGGAAGGAAAAUCCCAUUAAAUGUGUUAAAGAGUU